CGGCCAAUUCGAAAGUUUUUCGUAUUUCGUUUAAUUACGGUUCCUACGACUAGUCAUCAUCAGCACUAUGUGACAGUGAGAUGCGUUCACCAUAGUUGCCAUUUUACACCAGUAUGACAAGGAAAUAAGAAGAAAGAGCGAAUUUUUGUUGUCCAAAAGUACGUAGUUUGUACUACAGCGUUUCUACUUCUCAGUUAUGCUCAGAUCCAAUCAAAGUUCGCAUAGAUUGUCCAGCAUACAUUGUGUACAUCCAUCUAAAGUAUUGGUUACAAAACGAUCCUGGCAAGUAAAUCCCAUGUGGGCUAACUUUCCUAUGCAAAAUGACAGUCACACAAACAGCAAUCUCACGAAAAAUAAGAGUGACGUGGACUCGUUCACUGUUUGUGAUACUACAGAUGCGACGAUAUCGAAAGUAAACUCUCUCAAUGAACCUUCUAGUUCUUUUAUUACUCCACAUCCAAGUACUCCGCCAGUACCUACUGUUGUUCAAUCUGAAAAUGAAACAAGGCUAGUUGAGUUUCUUAAAGUCCAUGGAUUUCGGUGGUAUCAAGUUAUGAUAUUUUUCAUUUCCAUGAUCAGUUAUCUCGCAGAUAUUGCAUCCGAUGCAUACUUGGUUUACACGUAUUAUAUUCAGGAAGAUUACUACUGGUCUAUUUUCACAAUGGUUUUCAUGAUUGUCCCGGCCCUCUUAAUGUCCAGUUUCAGUCUUGCCUGGUAUUUUAUUGACUACAAAGUUCAAGUUGAUCCUCCUCGCAGCUAUCGAGCAUGGACGUUUAGACUGUUGUUCCAUGGUCUUCAGUUGGCCCCUCUAGUGAGGGCAGCUGACGCUAUCUACUACGGUAUUACAAGUCGUCAACCUGGGUUAAGUCUUCGUGUAGCUGCACAAUAUACGCAACUAAUGCUUUAUGAAGAUGCUGAUUGUGCCAUGCUUCGUAUGAUAGAAUGUUUCACUGAAUCUGCUCCACAACUUCUGUUACAGUUGUACAUUAUUUUAACACAAUCAUAUCCCGCACCUAAAUUCCAAAUGACGGCACAAUUUGUUUCAUGCGUGUUUUCAUGGCUUUCACUGGCGUGGUCGUUGACCUACUAUCAAUCUGCCUUACGCAGUUCACGAAUUGAAAAAGGAAAUAUUCGGUUUUUAGGUAUUAUAUUCUUCUUCUUCUGGAAAGCUGGAGUGCUAGCUUCGCGAUUAUUGGCUCUGGCUAUACUUGCUUCCGUUGUCAAAGGACUUUGGUUUGCAGUAGCGCUUGGUAUUCAUUGGUUGUUGGCUUCUGGUUGGUUGAUCACAAGAGGAACGACGUUUUGUUCAUCUAAUUCAAGAGCAUUGAGAGAAUUGGCCUUUGAUUUUGUAUUAGGUGCAGUUUAUUGUUUUGACGUAGUAAAUAUUCGUGAAGGUCGAAGCCGACUGUGGUAUUUAUCAUGUUACUUGAUAUUCGGUAUUGAAAAUUCAGUAUCUGCGUCAUUGUGGUGGGUAGCACAUUCAUUUACCAACACAAGUCUUCCAAACAGUGUAUUCAAACAUCAGCCAUCCACGUGGACCAGCGUUUUAUAUUCAUACACCUUAUUUAUCAUAGUAUUGGGCAGUUUUUGUAUGGGCAUAGUGAUGAUGAUUGUUUAUUACAUUACGUUACAUCCAUCGGGAAAUAUUGAAUUAUGCAUUCCGUGUGAUGAACUGUUAAAAGCCUCGGAGCCGCAAGAUCCAUUGUCCGCUGAUCCAGAUUUCCAGCUGUCAAAGAAAGCACUCCAACUAUCCGUGUGAGUUGUAUCAGUAGCAAUAAUAUUUUAGCAUCCAGAAUUUCUCAGAUACACCUGAAUUUGUUACUAAUGAAAAUUAGGAAUUUUCGAAACAGUUUUUCAGACCGUAUUUUUACCAUUUAGAAAGUUGUAUUUCUCUUAUAUUAAUUGACAAUACAGAAAUUACAUGUACUUUAAAAA